AUGUCACUUCCUCAUCGACCCUCGCGCUAUGUUGCUAUUACUGCCUUCCUGCUCUUCUUUAUCUACCUUGGUGGACCCAGAGCUGUGUAUGAACGCUUGGGUAGUUCAGAUCCAACUCCAGGGAAAAUAGGCAUGGACCGACUAGUGAAGAGCAGUUUCGAUUGGGGGAAGCUGAAGCCCCGUUAUCCCAUUUCAUCCAUGACUCCCAUCCCAACGGGCAGGCCCCGUUCGCAGCCCCGGUUACAAUAUCGUUAUCCUCCGGAAACUGGUAUUGCCUAUCGUGAUCGACUUGAUUCGCGUCGAGAUGAAGUGCGGAAGGUAUUCAAGAAGAAUUGGAAGAGUUAUAAAAGAUAUGCAUGGAUGAGAGAUGAACUGACGCCAAUUUCUGGUUCUGGGAAAGAUACGUUCGGUGGUUGGGCAGCAACUUUGAUUGAUUCUUUGGACACCCUGUGGAUUAUGGACCUCAAGGAAGAUUUUAACGAGGCUGUGGAAGCUGUGGCGACUAUUGACUGGGCGAAUACAACGUCCACAGCAUGCAAUAUCUUCGAGACGACCAUCCGUCAUCUUGGGGGUCUUUUGGCAGCAUAUGACCUCAGCAAUGAGAAAGUCCUACUUGUCAAAGCUGUUGAGCUUGGUGACAUGCUGUACGCUGGAUUUGAUACGCCUAAUCGCAUGCCUGGCUUUUGGCUGGACUUUGAAAAGGCCAAAAAUGGAGAACUGAUUGCGGACACUCAUCAACCUUCGGCAUCACCUUGCUCACUCUCUCUGGAAUUUACGCGUCUAUCUCAACUCACAGGAGAUCCCAAGUACUAUGACGCAAUUACAAGGAUAACAGGCUUGCUUGCUGAACAUCAGAAUUCGACAAAGCUCCCAGGAAUGUGGCCUACAUUCUUCAACAUGCGUGAUGGGGACUUCGCCGAAGGGAACAUGUUUACCGUUGGUGGCUUAGCGGAUUCUUUGUACGAGUACUUGCCCAAGAUGCAUGCCAUGCUUGGUAGCCUGGAACCUGUAUAUGAGAAGAUGGCCAAAGAAGCGUUGGCAACAAUAAAGGAACACCUCUUGUUCCGUCCUAUGCUUCCAGACAAGGAGAAUAUUUUAUUUUCUGGUAGCGUACAUGUUGGAAAGGAUGAAGGGGUAGUCUUGGAAGCUGAAGGCCAGCACCUGAGCUGUUUUGUUGGUGGCAUGUUUGCGCUGAGUGGUCGACUAUUCGAACUUGAAGAAUAUAUCGAUAUCGGGUAUAGGUUGACAAAGGGCUGCGUGUUCGCAUACGAUUCUUUUCCAACUGGUAUCAUGCCCGAGAUCUUCAACAUGUUCCCCUGUGAGAGGCUCGACGGCUGUGAUUGGGAUGAAGAGAAAUGGAAGAACGAAGGAGACCAUCGGCUUCGAAAAGGCUUUAAAGGCGCUCCGGUCCCGUCUUACAUCCUCCGGCCGGAAGCCAUCGAAAGUGUCUUCCUCCUACACCGCAUUACGGGGCACAGAGACUUUCAGGACACGGCCUGGAGAAUGUUCCAAUCGAUCCAGAAAGCGACAGAAACCGAAUUUGGCAAUGCCGGGAUCGAGGACGUCACUGUCAGAGGUCCGCCGAAAAAGAAAGAUUCUAUGGAGAGUUUCUGGCUAUCCGAAACGCUCAAAUACUUUUAUUUGACUUUUUCUCCGCCGGAACUUAUCAGCUUAGAUGAGUACGUACUCAAUACCGAGGCACAUCCCUUGAAGCGAAUGAAACAGAGCCCGCCUGUCAAACCAGGUUCAAAUUCGAAGCAGAGUGAAACUGCAGAGCCCACUGCUGCUGCAACGACGGUGGCGGCCUAG